AUGGAGGUGAACACAACUGAUAAAGCUCUUCUUUCAGUUGAUGGCACCGCGACGCUCUCCUGCUGCAGCUAUCAUUCCGAAGGCACCGCAACAGUUGAUAUGCAUUUGCAGUGUGUGCAGCACUCCGAUAUCUGCCAGUCUCUCGGGGAGGACAGUGUCCUCUUUGAAGUGUCUGCUAAAGACUGCACCAACCUGGAGGAGAUAUAUCUCCUACGCAUAGUUGUGCUCGGCGCCCCCCGAGUGGGUAAAACGGCGAUUAUACGCCGUUUUUUGGGUGAUGAUGGAUUCGAGGAACAGUACGAGCCAACGACCGAAGACUUUCACAGCAAACUGUACCACAUCCGUGGAGAGAGAUACCAGUUAGACAUCCUGGACGCGUCCAAAGAGAGAGACUUUCCUGCCAAGCGAAGACUGUCUAUUCUGACAGGCGACAUAUUCCUGCUGGUGUUCAGCGUGACUGACCGAGAGUCUUUCACGGAGAUCUGCUCAUUACGCGAGGAGAUUUUCACUGCCAAAUCCAAGCUAACCAAGUCCAAAGAAAACAGACAGCUUCCGAUUAUUAUCUGUGGCAAUAAAACUGACUUAAACACCUCGAGAGGUGUGCAGCACUCCGAUAUCUGCCAGUCUCUCGGGGAGGACAGUGUCCUCUUUGAAGUGUCUGCUAAAGACUGCACCAACCUGGAGGAGAUGUUUGAGGCCCUGGCGGUGCUGGGAGGGCUCCCCACAGAGACCAGACCCUCUCUCCAUCGAGAUAUCUCCAUCCACACGUAUCAAACGCUGAGCAGUAGAAAGAGAAACAAAAGAGCCAUGCAUGAGCCGUGUGGCGCGGUGCAUCCGCUCGCCCGCAGACCGAGUUUUAGUAGCGAUCUGCGGCGCGUGAUGGGCCCGAGCACCCCUAAACGAAGUACACCUAUUGAGAGGUGUCAAAUACAGUAA